UCAGCGCCGUCAGUGCGUCGUGGAGCUCGUGUGUGUGUGUCUAUGUAUGAGUGUGUGUCCUUGGGCUUUAUUAGACUACAGAAUCAUAUUUAUAAAGGAUGGGUUUCCUGCUCUCCAAAGGCAUGGAGCAGAACUUCCAGAAGCAGCAGGAGUUUAUGCUGCUGAACGCACGGCUGCAGCUGGAGCGUCAGCUGGCGAUGCAGAAUCAGAUGCGUGAGCGUCAGAUGGCGAUGCAGCUCGCCUGGUCCAGAGAGUUCCUCAAGUACUUCGGCUCAUUCUUCGGCUUGGCCACACUGGGACUCACUGUCGGCGCUGUUAAGAAAAGGAAACCUGCUCUUCUGGCUCCUGUGGUUCCUCUGAGCUUCAUCCUGGUGUAUCAGAUGGACGCGGCAUACGGGACGAUGCUGCAGCGCAUGCGAGCUGAGGCAGAGAGCAUCAUGGUGUCGGAGUGUGAGCGUCUGGAUGUUCCUCAUGGGAUGCCCACAUUUGAGAGCAUCGAGAAAUCACGCAGAGCCAAAGCUCACCUGACCACACUGACGGAGAAAUGAGGAACACACACACACACAAUACACACACACACACA